AUGAGCAGUAAACGGGAGGCCAUGCACUCUUCCCUAACGAGGGUAGAGAACUAUUUCUCAGGAUGGAGCGAGGCUGAGAUACAACACCUCAACAGGGACAUGAUAGAAGGUCAACUCCGUCAGGCGCAUCAAAUACGAGAAGAAUUUAUCCCGAUCCAGGAUGAAUACAUUGCAGCUCAGGAGAAUGCAGUUGCAAUUUCUGCACAAGUCACCAAUAAGGAGAUCUUCCUCCAGAAAUGCGACAGCCUCAUCAAGAAGAUAUCCACCAUCUUAAGCAAAUUGCCACCCUCUCCCAGUCACUCUAAAGCUCCACCAGGCAUUCCAUAUGAAUUCUACUUGAUGAUGCAGGAGAUGCUAACGCAAAAUAACCAACAGCUUCAGCAGAGCCAGCAGCAGGUUCAGCAAUUGAUUGCAACGCUCUCAAAUUCGGCGGGUAGAAGUACCUCAAAUAAUACUAACUGUGCCCAUAAUUCGAGUUUAAAACUUCCUAAUAUGUCACUACCCACCUUCAGUGGAAAAUAUUCAGAAUGGACCACGUUUAAAGAUAGAUUUACAUCUGUUGUAAUUAAUCAUCCUAAUCUUACCGGGGUUCAAAAGCUAGAUUAUUUGCAAUCGGCUCUCACAGGAGUUGCCGCAUCCACUAUUAAGAGGCUUGCUGUAACAGAUGAUAAUUUUUCUGUUGCAUGGGAGGUGUUAAUUGAGAAUUUUGAGCGUAAAAACGAAAUAAUUGCUGAUCAUGUAAGAAACUUUUUUAAAAUGCCGCAAUUUAACCCUUCCGAUCCACUGGCCUUUCGCAAAAUAUAUAACACCCUCUCAGAAUCAGUUAUGGCGUUGGAUGUUAUGAAUAUGACAAGUAGGGAUCCCUGGCUCAUUCAAUUCACUCUAGAUAAGCUCGACAGCGAGUCACGCGUUCUGUGGGGACGUCACUGUGGAGAUACAGUGCCAGACCUAGAUAAAUUUAAAAAAUUCCUAAAUCAACGAUGUGUUGAUGCUCUAAAUGCCCAGGAAUCCUCCUUCAAAUCUAAUGACAAUGCUCGCCCAUCCAGUUCAAAAUCUAGUUCAUCUACGUCUUCCAAACGUCAGUCAGGUGUUUUUCACAAUUCUUCUGGAACAUCAACUUGCAGAUGUUGUCAAGACACUUUUCAUUCACUCUAUAAGUGCGCUAAAUUCCUUGCGCAAACCCCAAAUGAGAGAUAUGAUACGGUUAAGAAGCUUAGCGUGUGCAGGAAUUGUCUGUCACCACAUAAUACGAGCACCUGCACUUUCCAUAAAUGCAGAAAGUGCCAUGCAAAGCAUAACAUACUGCUUCAUGAGAAAUUUGCUUCGGAGUCUGAUAACUCAAACCCUUCUCCUGAAAAUGGAAAACCUCCAUCCGGGUCUGACUCUAAACCACCAUCAUCAUACCGGAAAGACUCCUCAAAUCCUCCCGCUUCCGUUAUGCUUAACACUCCAACUUCAGGUGAAGCUCCUCCCACUCCUAUAACAUCAAAGGUGUUUUUAGCCACGACAAUGGUGGAUAUUUUAACUGCUAACAAUACCAAAAUUCCUUGCCGUGUUCUGCUUGAUGGGGGAGCCCAAGUCUGUAUAAUGACAACCGCAUUAUGCCAAAAAUUGAAGUUGCCAAAAAUUCCAGCCAAUAUGUCCAUUAUGGGUGUAGGAAGCCAGCUCUACACAGUCAAGUAUCAAGUUUCUGCUACAAUCCUGUCUCAAAUUUCUGGAGAGCCAUUUACUUUCAAUUGCUAUGUCAUGCCUAAAAUAGCGAAUGAUAUUCCAAACUGGCCUGUAGAUAAGACUUCAUUUAACCAUCCACCUAAUAUCGAAAUGGCAGAUCCAUUUUGGGCUGACCAACGACCAGUCGACCUCCUAAUUUGUGGUGAUAGUUAUUGGGGAAGCUUCCUUUCUAGCGUUAUAAACUUGGGACCUGGACUCCCACACCUCCGAGAGACGGUUUUCGGUUACGUAAUGGUUGGAGAAGAUCGAUCACCAGACUCUAAUGUACGCCAUGUAUGCUUUAACGAAUCCUUGGCCUUGGAAUAUAUGCUCCAAAAAUUUUGGGAAGUUGAGGAUUUACCCAAUGAAGCCCCAUUGACUGAUGAACACAAAGCAGCUGAACAUCACUUUACCACUACCCAUAAACGGACCCCUGAAGGACGUUUCAUUGUUCAACUGCCCUUUAAACAAGACCCUCAAGUAUUAGGUGAAUCUCGCCCUCAGGCUAUUAGGCAAUUGCUCUCUCUCGAACGACAGUUCGAUAAAAAGCCUGAAAUGAAGAAAUUGUAUGUCGAAGUCAUGCAGGAUUAUCUCAAAAGAGGAUGGAUAGAGCGUGUCCCUAGAGAAGAUCAUAAGGCUUUGGCAUACUACAUGCCACAUCAUGGGGUCGUAAAAGACAGUAGUGCCACCACAAAGCUUCGCGUGGUUUAUAACGCUAGCGCCAAAACGUCUUCGGGUCACAGCCUAAAUGAUAUCCUUAUGGCUGGCCCCACUGUCCAACCUGAACUGCUCUUUAUUCUCCUCCAGUUCAGGCUUCACCAAUUCGCAGUUUCCGCAGAUAUCUCAAAAAUGUAUCUGCAGUUGACAGUCGAUUCAAGGGACACCAAUUUUAUCAACGUUUGGUUUGGCGGGAAAGCAAGGAUGAACCAAUCAAAGAUUUCCGAAUUGCUCGAGUCUGCUUUGGCCAAGCCUCUUCUCCAUUUCUCGCAACGCGAGCCUUGA